AACCACUUUACGCGUCGCCGAAAAGGGAACACCAAGUUGUCAGGCAUACCUUAGUUACCAGUCUUGACGGAGUGGACAAAUAUUCCUGACCCCAGUGUUUUCAACUAUCCAUUGAAACCUAUAUUGAUUCGGCCGUGCCUUGUGUGGUUUUAGAGUAUCAGCACGUCUUUCUUAAUGUCAGCCUUCAGAGGGGUUUAACCCGUACAAACAGCAGCCAGAAGCGCUCGCAAGUCAACCGUUACCAUCUACAUCGCCGCCAAUAUGCCGGUACGACGACCAGGGCAGCCAUACCGACAUGUCUUCAAGAAUGGACAAUCCUCUUAUGGGGCUCGACGCACCAAGACCGUCGAGGCUUCCAGCCUCCGCGCCAGCGAGGCCACUUCACAGAAUGAAAAGGCCGAGGCGGUGAAACUCGCCCACAGUAUUGACGAGGCAAUGGGGUUUGCGCGAUAUGAAUCUGGAAAGCCGAAAAUGGGAUGGCUGUGCAACAUGCACAGUACCUCAGUCGAGGAUGAGGCUGUACCUGCAGGACGAGCAGGUGUGGAUUUCUACUUCAUUGAGGAGGAUGGCGGCACAUUUAAGGCUACGGUCGAAUAUGAUCCUUAUUUUCUGAUUGCUGUCCGAAGAGGGAAAGAGGAGGAAGUAGAGGAAUGGUGCAAGAGAGCAUUCGAAGGAAUUAUAAAGGGGAUCAAUCGGGUAGAGAAGGAGGACUUGCAAAUGCCAAAUCACCUCCUUGGAUACCGCAGAACACUCCUGCAGCUGCGUUUCGCCAACGUUGGGGAUCUUCUGGCGGUAAGAAAGGUUCUCCAACCGAUUGCGGAUAAGAACAAGAAAAGCAUGAAUGCAAUGGAUACAUAUGCCGAGGUCGCCAGUGCAAAUGCUGGUUUUGAUCUCUUUGAUGAUGAACGAGAACACGACGCACGAUUUACUGGAAUUGCAGAUGCAAGCGAUUAUAUUGUUGAUAUUCGAGAAUAUGAUGUUCCUUAUCAUGUACGGGUCGCAAUUGAUAAAGAUAUUCGUAUUGGAAAAUGGUACACUGUCGAGGCCAAGCAUGGCGUUAUUGGAUUAACUUGCAUAGAGGAGCGUCUACAGCGAGCCGAUCCGGUGGUCCUGGCCUUUGAUAUUGAGACUACCAAAUUACCUCUAAAAUUUCCCGACUCUGCUUUUGACCAGAUCAUGAUGAUAUCAUACAUGAUCGAUGGCCAAGGAUUCCUUAUCACAAACAGGGAGAUUGUCUCUGAGGAUAUUGCCGACUUUGAUUAUACCCCUAAACCAGAGUACGAAGGCCCCUUUAUAAUCUUCAACGAACCAGAUGAAAAGGCAGUAUUGGAACGAUUCUUCCUUCACGUCAAGGAGGCCCGACCCACAGUGAUUGCAACAUAUAACGGAGACUUUUUCGAUUGGCCAUUCGUUGAGGCCCGGGCAAGCAUUCUAGGAAUUGACAUGUACCGGGAAAUUGGAUUUCGCAAGAACAGUGAGGAUAUAUAUCAUAGCGACUAUUGCGUGCAUAUGGAUUGUUUUGCCUGGGUCAAUCGAGACAGCUAUCUUCCUCAAGGGAGUCGAGGUUUGAAAGCCGUCACGGUUGCAAAGUUAGGCUACGAUCCAGACGAGUUGGAUCCAGAAUUGAUGACAAUCUAUGCCUCAGAACGCCCGCAAACCCUUGCAGAAUAUUCCGUUUCAGAUGCUGUGGCGACUUAUUACCUGUACAUGAAAUACGUGCAUCCUUUCAUCUUCUCCCUGUGUACGAUCAUUCCACUGAACCCUGACGACACAUUGCGUAAGGGAACAGGAACGCUGUGCGAGAUGUUAUUAAUGGUACAAGCAUAUCAAAAAGAGAUCUUGCUUCCCAACAAGCAUCAGGCUCCAAAAGAGUCAUUUUGGGAGGGACAUCUUGUAGAAAGUGAAACAUAUGUCGGCGGCCACGUUGAGAGUAUCGAGGCUGGCGUAUUUCGAAGCGAUAUUCCAGUCAACUUUGCGCUAGAUCCCUCGGCAUUUGAUGAACUUAUCCACGACCUAGACGCCGCUCUCACGUUUAGCAUCACUGUUGAGGAGAAAAAAUCCAUGGACGAUAUUGCUAAUUACGAUGAGAUCAAAGCGCAAAUUGUUGAAAAACUGCUCAGUCUAAAACAAACUCCGAAUCGACACGAAAGGCCAUCUAUUUACCAUUUGGACGUCGCGUCCAUGUAUCCAAAUAUUAUGACGACAAACCGUCUGCAGCCUGACUCAAUGAUUCAGGAAUCUGACUGUGCUGCCUGCGACUUCAACCGUCCUGGUAAAACGUGCGAUAGGAGGAUGCCAUGGGCGUGGCGAGGAGAGUUCCUUCCUGCGAAACGCGACGAAUACAAUAUGAUUCGACAAGCAUUAGAAAACGAAAGAUUUCCUGGAAAGCGUCCAAACGCGCCAAAUCGGACGUUCCAGGAUCUUACAGAAGACGAGCAGGCUUCUUUAAUAAAGAAGCGGUUACAAGAUUAUAGCAAAAAGAUUUACCACAAGAUUCACGACGCCAGAACAAUCGAGCGCGAAGCAAUUAUUUGUCAACGAGAAAACCCGUUCUAUGUCGACACAGUCAAAAAUUUUCGAGAUCGACGAUAUGAUUUCAAGGGACAGCAGAAAGUCUGGAAAAAUAACACGGACGCCUUGAAGUCUUCAGGCGCAACAAGUCUCGAGAUUGAAGAGGCAAAGAAAAUGAUUAUCCUUUUUGAUUCUUUGCAACUUGCUCAUAAAGUCAUCCUCAACAGUUUCUACGGGUAUGUCAUGCGAAAGGGUUCGAGAUGGUAUUCAAUGGAGAUGGCUGGAGUGACCUGUUUGACUGGCGCGCGCAUUAUCCAGCUGGCUCGAUCCCUUGUUGAGAGGAUAGGGAGGCCACUUGAGCUCGAUACCGAUGGUAUUUGGUGUAUUCUUCCCGGCACGUUUCCAGAGAACUUUGCUUUUACAUUGAAGAACGGCAAGAAGCUUGCCGUCUCGUAUCCUUGUGUGAUGUUAAACCACCUGGUACACGAGCGAUUCACCAAUCAUCAGUACCAGACUCUCGUGGAUCCUGUCACAUUCAGAUAUGAGACGCACAGUGAUAACACCAUUUUCUUCGAAGUCGAUGGGCCUUACAAAGCCAUGAUCCUUCCCACAUCCAAAGAAGAAGACAAGAAUUUGAAGAAGAGAUACGCUGUUUUCAACCACGAUGGCUCACUAGCUGAGCUGAAGGGUUUUGAAGUAAAGCGGAGAGGCGAGUUGAAGCUCAUCAAGAUAUUUCAGACACAAAUUUUCAAGUUCUUCCUCGAGGGCACGACACUCGCCGAGACCUAUGCAUCUGUUGCAAAAGUUGCAAACCGAUGGCUUGAUGUUCUGUAUCAGCACGGUUCUACGCUGGCGGAUGAGGAACUUAUUGACCUCAUUUGCGAGAAUAGGAGCAUGACGAAGACCCUGGAAGAAUAUGGCGGGCAAAAGUCAACCUCUAUCACUACUGCACGCCGCCUUGCUGAAUUCCUUGGCGAGCAAAUGGUGAAGGAUAAAGGGCUGAAUUGCAAAUAUAUUAUUUCAGAGAAACCCCGUCAUGCGCCGGUCACGGAUCGAGCCAUUCCUGUAGCCAUCUUCUCGGCAGAAGAACCCAUAAAGCGGUUUUUCUUGAAGAAGUGGCUCCGAGAAGACCCCGGAGACAUGGACCCCCGAGAUGUAAUUGAUUGGGAUUACUACUUGGAACGUUUGGGGUCUGUCAUCCAGAAGCUGAUCACGAUUCCAGCCGCUCUGCAAAAGAUUCGUAAUCCUGUUCCGCGCGUUGCGCACCCGGAUUGGCUUCAGAGAAGAAUCAAUACAAAGGACGACAAAUUUAAGCAGAAGAAAAUGACCGACAUGUUUGAGAAGAAAACACUUGCGGACAUUACCAACACUUCUUUGGAAACGCGCGUGCCCGACUUUGAAGACUUUGGCGUGAAACCACUUACGAAACCCAAGAACGGUGUCCUGACAAAGAUGUCGCAGAAAAGAAAAAUUAUCGAACCAUCCACUCCGCAGAAUCUGGAUCCUUAUGCCAGCCUACCAGCUAAGAUACCAUCAAUUUCAGAAGACUAUGAGGAGUGGCUGCAGUAUCAAAAGAAGAAAUGGAAGAUCCAGAAACAAGCUAGACUGCGCCGGCGACAGCUCUUUGGAGAGCGUAACAAUGCUUCGUCGGAUGCCAUUGGCAGCUUUUUCAGAAACCAGGCUGAAAUGCUGUUUGUUGGUACCUGGCAAGUACUUCAGCUGCGUGAAACUGAAACUCCCGGAUUGGUCAACGCUUUUGUACUUAUCGACAAGAAGAUUCAUAAUCUCAAGGUAAAGGUGUCUCGACAGGUUUAUCUCAAUCUCAAGAGCAAAGAUUUGCCAGAUGUCGAUGUCGAAGGCUGCUCAGUGGAGAAAGUCAACCACACCUUACCAAAUGGUCAUCCGUCUGUCCAUCUGUUUAAAUUGACCAUGUCCGAAGAAACUUAUAUCAACGAGGCGAAGAAGCUAGCUCUUCUAUUCAACCAUCCCAGUGUCGAAGGAGUAUACGAGAAGCAGCUGCCUCUUAAUGUCCGAGCCGUGCUUGAGCUAGGUAACCUUUGUACCAUCGAUUCCAGUCAACGCGGCGUACUGGGUAAAGGAUUGGAACAAGGUUUUGAUCUUUCAGCUCUCAAGCAAGCAGAAGCAAAGCAGCCAUAUCUUCAGCAGUCGCCCCUUGGAUAUGUCUUUUUGUAUCACAUUGUCACGAGCAUGCGCCAAGUCUUUGCGCUUUUCUCCACCACGAAGCAAGAAGCCCAUGUGGUUGUGCUGAACAAGUCUCGCGAAACCAACAACUUCCCAAACAUUGACAGGAUUUACUCGGAACAACUAGCCAACGCCUUGGAAGAGGCUGGUGGAGCGCCGUGGCAGAACUGUAUCGAUUAUCAAGAGAAGAUUCACUUCAAGAUAACACAGGUUACCACGAAGCGAAAGGCGCAGCUCGAGUUGGGAGAUUUGCUGAAGAAGAUACGCAAUGAUGAGAGCGGGCCACUGAUGUUGGUCGUUCAAUCACCGCAGCGCCGCGUCCUAGAGCAUGAAAUUCCGAUGCUAAAGGAAUUUCCGAUCAUGGCGAUAAAACCUGAUCCUGAUGACGGUACGCUUCCGGCCCUUGAAUGGGAAAAGUUCUUUGCGCAUAAACGGAUUGUACCUCGCUAUCUUUCUCUAGGAUCCUGGAUAUCCCAUCUCAUAGAAUUGGCCAGAUACGGAGAUGUUCCACUAUGUAAUUUGGAAAAAGAUGAUCCACGAUUCCUGAUUGAUGUUGCAUAUGCUCGUCGAUUGCAAAAGAACAAUAUUGUCCUUUGGUGGUCCGCUGGCCCGCGGCCAGACCAUGCCGGAUAUGAGAAAGAUGAUGUCGUCAGUAGAAUGGAAAAGGUCGAUAUGCCUUCGGUCAAUAACCCAGGCACCUAUUCGUCCGUUUGCAUAGAUAUCGAGGUUCGAAAUCUGGCAAUUAAUACCAUCCUCACCUCGUCUCUCAUCAACGAGCUCGAGGGAAGCGAUUCGGUCUCACUCAACCCUGCUGCACCUGCCGACGAUGCGCCAAGUGACGGUACCAAUGUAAUUUCCGCCGAUAAUGCAUUUGCCUCUGCUGGGGUUGGGGUGCUCCGCGAGAUGGUCAAGGCCUGGUGGACAGAAGCUUGCAAAGGCAGUGACCUCGCAGAUAUCAUGGUACAACAUCUAGUGCGCUGGGUCGAAAGUUCCGAAUCGUGCAUGUACGACCGCGCAUUACAUUAUUACGUGCAGAUCAUGUCCAAAAAGGCAUUCCAGCAGCUCAUGAUGGACUUUCGUCGGGUGGGAUCACAUGUCGUCUUUGCAAACGCGAACCGUCUACUGCUGCAGACCACCAAGGCCGAAGUCGGUAAUGCAUACGCGUACAGCCAGUAUAUUCUCAAGUCGAUCAAGUCCCGGCCGCUAUUUCAUUUCCUCGACCUCGAAAUCAAAGAAUACUGGGACUACCUGGUAUGGUAUGACGACUUCAAUCACGGCGGCAAAGCUUGCCAAGAAGUCGUAGAAGCCGAACAACAGGACCUACACACCAUCAUGCACUGGCAGCUCAGCAAAUUCCUCCCGCCUGCGCUCGAGACGGUCUUCAACGACUGGGUAAUCGAAUUCAUAGAGCUCAUGCACGAUGCCAAGCGGCCCAAACCUACUCUAACCGCCGAAGGGGUAGCCAUCUCCUCCACCCCAUCCAACACCACCGUCCGUCUCACCCAACUGCCUGUCCGCGCUGGCCUCAACCCCGAGAAGGAGCAGGAAAUCUCCAACGCCAUUCUCGGCAGCAACUUUGAAAAGCCACUCAAAAAACAAAUCGCUGCUCUCCUUCGUCGCCAAAAAGAGGAAAUGUUCCAUCCCUCACUCGCAUCAGACUACAUCUUCCCCCACCUCCCUGGCUCUCACCUCAACCUGACAAAUCCCGUCCUCGAACUCGUCAAAUCUCUCAUGCAAAUCCUCAGUCUCGACAAGAGCAUCACGCUCUCCGCGCGGCUCUUGCGCAAGGAGCUCCUCGCCCUCUUUGACGUCCGCGAAUUCGCCCCCGAAGCGCGCUUCGUCAACCCCAGCGAAUCGCUCCUCAUCGAACAAGUCGUCUGCGAAAACUGCACCCACGCGCGCGACUGGGACCUCUGCCGUGACGAGGCCCUCUACCCAGAAGACCCAACCCCGGGUGGUGCAAGUUCCACCGAGAGACGCAUCGAUUUCCGCACGUGGCGCUGCGAAAUGUGCGGCACAGAAGUCGAUCAUUUGGCCAUUGAGCAAAUCCUCAUUGCCCGUGUCGAGAAACUCGUCCUGGAAUGGCAGGUCCAAGACCUCAAAUGUGCCAAGUGCGGCGCCCUCAGAGUCAAUGACUUCCUCGACCAUUGCUCCUGCAGUGGUAUUUGGAAACCAACUGUCGAUCGCACCAAGAGUCUACGGUCCCUUAAAGUUAUCAGUAACGUCUCCAAGUUUUAUGGCUUUAGAAUGUUGACUGGUAUGGUCGAGGAGGUUGUCGGUGGAUUGUAGACCUUGUGGUGUUUUCCUUGUCGAUCCAGCAUUUCUCUUGUGUUUGUUCUCCUUUCUCGAUUCAGCAUUUCUCUUGUUUUGUUUUGUUCUUGAUCAGCUUUUCAUUUCAUUUUUGAUCCCCCGUCUCCCACUAGUACAUAUAUAUAUCCCACGCCCAUUACUGGGCUGUUGCGGAUGUGGCGUCU